AUGCGUAAACGCCAGAUCGAUACGCUCAAGAUAUUCAACCACAAUGUACAAGAGGUGAAAGAAAAUGAAGAGUAUUUGGUCAACUUUAACUGUGGUGGACGAGAAAUUGCCAUUAAUAUUUUGCUUGGGAGUGGUUUCCCGAACGAAAAGCCCAAGCUUAUAGUGAGUCCGAUUCUUCGCCAUCCGUGGGUAAAUGGAACGACGGGAGAAAUAGAUAAUGCGCCCGGAAUACUGAACUAUACCAUUCAUUCCGAUCUCGGAAGGAUAGUGCAAGCGGUUGGAAGGGAAUUUGAAAAACAUCCUCCAAAGUUCGUGAAUGAACCAACGUCCACACCGCAGCACCACUCCCAACAUCACGCGCCACCAGCAGCGCAUCAGGCGUGUCGAAACGGAAACGUCCAAGAGUUCGGUCCCGAUAACCGUAACGCCCUUCUGUCCCCGUCACACGAAUCGGAUCAAUUCGGUUUGCGAAAUCUUUCCAUCGAUGAGCUGAGUCGGUUGAACACGGAUGAUGAUUGUCUGGAAGAGUUUAUCACAAAACUUCCCUUUGUGCAACAUCAAAAUGACGAAAUGGAUCAACUGCUGGCGGGCAUAGAGUCGCUUGCCGUGGAAAAUCUUGCCCGCAAGGAAGCAGUCGAGGAGCGCAAAGCGAAGGUGGAAUCGCUAGCGCUCGAGUUCAAGGAACUGGGUCAGCAGUGGGAAAGCAUGAACCAACGAUAUCAACGAAAGGCGGAAGAUUUUUCCCCCCAGCACAUCAAGGAGCUGUUGCAGAUCGCCGUAUCGACGGCGGACGGUAAAAGCGACGACGAGGCGCAACAGUUUCUCGCUGGCCAAAGUGACGUUGGCACAUUUCUGCAAAACUUUAUCGAAUCCCGCAAACUGUACACGAUGCGUAAAGCCAAAGAGGAACGAUUGGUUCAGCAACUGACCGCACUGGAGCGUGCCGCCUUUUAA